AUUUGCCUAUAUUGAAUAUCCAGGAGGUUUGACAUGUCGGUACAACAAGAGCAGGAUCGAGUUGACGCACCAGCAAGCUCUUUACCAGCUGCAACUGAAUCCCUGCCUGAUCGCACGAUGGACCCCGCCGCCGGAGGGGAGAGCUCCCCAGCCGGCGAGAUAUCCAAAAAUGCUGCUAAAAAAGCUGCUAAAAAGGAGAAGCAGGCUGCUGAGAAGGCGGGAAAGUUGGCCAACAAAGGCAUAGGCAUGGAAUCGAAAAAUAAACCUUCCCAGAAAGCACCCAAGAAGAAAACUGACGGCCCCGCUCUUAUCGGUAUCGAUGUCUCGAAGGAGGGGGAUUUCGCAGGUUGGUACCAACAGGUUCUCUUGAAAGGGCAGAUGUUGGAUUACUACGAUGUAUCGGGUUGUUUUAUUUUGAAGCCACACUCGUACUUCAUUUGGGAAACGAUCCAAAACUGGUUUAAUGAUCGAAUUAAGAAGAUGGGUGUUAAAAAUUGCUCUUUCCCUCUGUUCGUUUCCGAAGACGUUUUAAAGAAGGAGAAGGACCACAUAGAAGGGUUUGCUGCUGAGGUUGCCUGGGUCACUCACGCAGGAAAUUCCAAGUUGGAACGGAAAAUUGCCAUUCGUCCCACGUCGGAAACAGUUAUGUAUCCGUACUAUGCCAAGUGGAUUCGAAGUCACCGUGAUCUGCCUCUCCGGCUUAAUCAGUGGAACUCUGUUGUUAGAUGGGAGUUCAAGAACCCCCAGCCCUUCCUUCGCACUCGUGAGUUUCUUUGGCAAGAAGGCCACACCGCGCAUUUGACUGAAGGCGGUGCUCGUGAAGAAGUCCUGCAAAUUCUUGAGCAUUAUGCCCACGUUUACGAGGAGCUUCUUGCUAUUCCCGUCAUCAGGGGUCAGAAAACCGAAAAGGAAAAAUUUGCAGGGGGCCUCUACACCACCACAGUCGAAGGUUAUAUCCCAGCCACAGGCCGCGGAAUUCAAGGAGGGACGUCUCACGGCUUAGGCCAAAAUUUCAGCAAGAUGUUCGGCAUCACUGUUGAAGAUCCGUCGGCUAAGCCUGACGAGAAGAAGCCCGCACUUCAUGUUUGGCAGAAUUCUUGGGGUUUGUCUACCCGGACUAUUGGUAUCAUGGUCAUGGUCCAUGGCGAUGAUCGUGGCCUGGUUAUUCCACCACGCGUCGCGGAUAUCCAAACCGUGAUUGUGCCUGUUGGUACUGGCGCUAAGACAACUGAUGCAGAGAAGGCGUCUUUAAUGGCCGAGAUUGAUGCUCUAGCAGCUGUCCUUGAAGCUGCCGGGGUCAGAGUUGAAGUCGACAAACGAGACUACACUCCCGGUUGGAAAUUUAACGACUGGGAAUUGCACGGUGUUCCUCUUCGACUUGAAUUUGGCCCAGGGGAAUCAGCUGGUCAUUAUGUGACUGCCUCUCGCCGUGAUAUACUUGGCAAAGAUGGAAAAUCCACCAUCCCCAUCACUCAACUGGCAGUCCAAGUCCCUGCGCUUCUUGAAACCAUCCAAGCGGACCUUUACUCACGAGCAGAUGCUACGUACAAGUCACAUGUUAAGCGCAUCACGAACUGGGAUGAUUUCACCCCUGCGCUCAACGAUAAGAACCUUUGCAUGAUUCCCCACUGUCUGACCGAGCAGUGCGAAGACGAAAUUAAAGACAUGAGUGCACGAAAGGCUGAAGAAGAGACUGGCGAAGCCCAGGAUGCCAGGGCCCCAAGCAUGGGUGCAAAGAGUUUGUGUAUUCCAUUCGAGCAGCCUGAGGGCAUUGAGAAGGGAGUCACCAAGUGCACGAACCCCAACUGCAAACGGGUCGCGGAGAAAUGGUGCUUGUUUGGACGCUCCUACUAAACACUCUCCGAACACCCAGCUGGUUGCAUAUUACCAAGGGGACCUGGCAUAGCCUAUCUCUGUUCUUCUAAAUACCCACGGAGCUUAGCGUUCAUGAAUACUUCCUACCAGACUCAAGACUCCCAGCCUAAAUUUCCCCGAUAUUUGAUGAGGGCGUAUCCAGACAACCUUGCUGAUCUUGCUAUCGGUGUUUUAAGCACUCAUCCGCUCUCCAGUCUCGGCAGUUCUAGUUAUGUUAUCAUGAUUCGAGAGAGUUUAAAUAUCAAGAAUAGAAAUUAAGAAAAUAUUAAAGUCCAGU